UCUGUCCUGCUACAUAAUGCACCCGACACCGCAGGGUGUCUACCACAGCACUAAUUACCACAUGGUGACAGGUGUCUGGCCCAUGUCAUUGACCAAAUGUGUUUGAAGAAGAAGAGACAGAACAAAAACAGGACUGAAUGAAUCAGCGCGGUGGAGGCGAGGAGACUACUGACUUCACUGGACCUGAUUUUUCUCUUUCAAUUGACGGAGAGGGAGAUCUGUGUACUGAGAAUGGUUGUGUGAGUGGUCAGGAGAUACAGCAUUCCUUAAAAAGGAAGAAUUCAAAGCAAGUGACACCAGAUACUUCCAAAGGACCAGAGGAGGAGGUGACCAAGAAGAGACACAGGAACACAUCAAGUCCUGCAGCUGAUCAACCUCAUGGACACUCUGGGUCCAGCAAGUCAUCUUCAGAAGACAUGGACUCCAUGAAAGCACUCAAUAAAGAACUUGGUCAAGAAAUGAAGAUGAUGUUUAUGAACUGGGCUGUUGCUUUCAGUGAGAGUGAGCAGUUUGAGUUGUUCUGCCCCACCCGUGUGGACAGCUUACUGCAGGAGGCCAGGGCCCUGGAGGAAAACCUCAAGGAACAGAAGAAAUGUCUUCUCCAGCGUCUUCAAAUGUUGUCACAGACACUGCAGCAGGAGAACUAAUAGCACCUUUCAGUAAAGGCUUUCUAACAUAGUUGUUGACUAAUCUAUCACUGUUGGAAAGUCCUGCAUGGCUACAACAUCAUGGGAAAGACUCAGAAAGAUAGGCCAUAGCUUUUGAGGCUCUUUCCUUGAACAUGUAGUUAACUACAGCAUACUUGUUGUUCUACUAGUUUCCCAGAAGAUGUAACAAUAGAAUACUGUAGAAAGAA